AUGACACUGUCGAGAUUAACACGCCAAACACUUUCAUGGUGGAUAGACAAUAUAACAACAAGUGAGAAACCUGUCCAUCGAGGACAGCCUGACAUUUCUCUCGAAUCAGAUAGUUCCGGUUCCGGCUGGGGCGGAGUAGUUCGCGACGACCCAUCACUACAAACUGGUGGACAUUGGUCAUAUAUAGAACAAUCCAAACAUAUCAAUUACCUUGAAUUAUUGGCCGCAUUCUUAACGCUCCAAUGUUUCUGCGGUGACAAGUCGGCAGUGCAUGUCUCCCUUUAUCUUGAUAAUACUGUGGCCGUGAACUAUAUUAACAAUAUGGGUGGCAAAAAACCUGAAUUAUCACAAUUGACUCGUGAUAUAUGGUUAUGGAGUAUCCGACGUAAUAUCUGGCUAUCGGCUUGCCACCUUCCAGGAUCUCAGAACACUCGCGCCGAUAACCUGUCCCGCAAACUAUCAGAUGACAUGGAAUGGCAUCUGGCGGCAGAUAUUUUUGAGGAUCUUUGCCUACGGUUUAACAGACCGUGUGUAGACCUCUUCGCUACAAGAGUCAAUACCCAGGUUAACUCCUACGUCUCCUAUCUACCCGACCCUACUGCGAUAGCCAUAGGUGCUUUUACAAUACCUUGGUCAAAUUUUCAUAUGUGCUAUGCCUUCCCUCCUUUCAGUGUGCUCGGACGGGUCCUACAGAAAGUGGAGGAGGAGGAGACGCCAGACAUUCUACUAGUAGCACCACUGUGGACCACACAACCUUGGUUCCCAGCCCUCCUUCGACUACUCAUCGACAACCCAGUGAUACUUCCCAACAGCAGGCCGAUUUUACACCUGAUCAACAAACCCGGAGCUAUUCACCCUCUGCAGAACUUGAGACUGAUUGCCUGCAGGUUAUCCGGGAAAGUCUCCAAAAACGAGGAGUUUCACAGAAGUCUGCAAACACUAUCAUCUCCGCUUGGAGGGAAUCAACUAAAAAGCAAUAUGGGGUCCAUUUCCGCAAAUGGAUGUCAUUUUGUAGUGGGAGACAGACUGAUCCACUUUGUCCAUCUAUCUCAGUGUUUUUAG